GCUCCAGCAGGUGGCCGCCUCUCCCAGAACGGGGCUAUGGAGGUAACGCCAGGCGUUGGGCCUCCGCCGUUGGAGGAGCGGCAGCACCUACAGCAGGAGCUGAGCGACUUUGUGGAGACUUGCUACAAGACGCUGGAGGAGGUGACAGCUUCUCUAGGCUGGAGUCUCGACGAGCUGGAUCCCGGGGAAGGAGACAGUGAGGAACAGGAGCAGAAUGAAACCGUGGUAUGCCCAUAUGAUCCUAAUCAUCACAUGCCAAAGUCAUCCUUGGUGAGGCACAUGGCAUCUUGUAGGCUCAGGAAAUUGGAUUAUACAAAAGAAGAAGAGGCUGAAAUGUAUGAUUCUGCUUUUUUCUAUGGGAAUGCAAAGAUACCUGUAGUUCACCUGGAUAAGAAUUUACAGUUCCAGAUACUUAAACAAGCUAGGGCUUCAAGUGGAAGAGAUGGUGAUGUUUAUAGUCAAAGGAUUUAUUCUUCAGUGCCUAUUGAAGUGCCUCAGAAUCAUAAGCGUUUCAUCUGUGACCUGACCCAAGCUGAUCGUCACGCCAUCUUUGACUAUGUCCUCGAAGAGACAAAGAAACAGCGGUCCAGGUCUCAAAUCACUGAAAAUGACAGUGACCUUUUUGUAGACCUGGCUGCUAAAGUCAAUCAAGAUGAUAGUCAAAAGGGUCCAAAAUCUCAUCUUGAAAUUCUGGCGGAAAUGAGAGAUUAUAAAAGACGACGUCAGUCCUAUAGGGCGAAGAACGUUCAUAUAACCAAAAAGUCUUAUACUGAGGUGAUUAGAGAUGUGAUCAGCGUGCACAUGGCAGAGCUCAGCAGCCAUUGGCAGGAGGAAGUGGAACAAGCAGAGGAUGAUGCUGAAAAUGCUUCAAACUCAGCACAAUCUUUGGGAAGAAAGGAGGAAAGACGAUCAGCUUCAGUAGAUUCACGACAGUCUGGGGAAAGCCAUAAAGACACUGACCACUCACGACACAGAAGAGACAGAAGUCGGAGCCCACGUAAACAAAAAAGAAGCAAGGAGAAGGAGAGAGAUAGGGACUUAAGAAGAAAGAGAGACAGGGAUGAAGAAAGGCACCAUGGCCAUAAAAGAAGAAAAUAGCAAAGUAAGGGUCAGGAAAAUAAGUGGAAAUAUUUAUACAUGUGUGUUUAUUAAUGGUGUUUAUGUAAUAUAAACUAAUGAAGAUAGUUCAACUAUCUCAGCUACUCGAGGGACCAAGGAACAUAAUGUACUUAUUUUUAUCGUAAUGCAUUUUGCUGGGACUAUUUGUAAUUAAAAUAUCUGUGUAAUGCUCGGAUUAUUAUUUUUUUUCAAUAAACAUUCAUUAAUAUCAAACUUUGUUAGUUGCUAAAAACUGUAAUUAUAUACUUUAAUUUCCUUACCGUGAUGGGAUAUAGCCAGUUUCUCAUUUCUGAAUUUGUUGGGGAAUUUUAUUCUUGGUCAUUUAUGACAUAUUUUAUAAAAUCCUUAACCUGGUCUAAAUAAGGAAGCAUAUGUUAGAGCAAAAGCCUUAAGCCAAGAAAUUUGAGACUUGGCAGUCAAAGUCCAGUUUUCUGAAGAUCUCAUAAUUUCCUUGUGCUUAUGACCAUUCAGGUGAAAAAUUGGCAUAAAUGUCAAACAUCUGGGACCUACAUGGCAAAAUAUUGGCCUUUCAUCUGGUAGCUCUGGGUUAAAAAUUCCAGUGUGCUUCCCAAGUAAAAAUGCAGCUUAAAAUCUUUCAAGUUAGUAGACAGUGAUAAGAUAACUGUAGAAUUUGACUCACCAAUUAUCUUAGCUUUCUUCAUAACAGAUGUCCAUAAGAUUUAUGAGUAGAGACCUUGAAGCACAUCCAUUUUACUUGCUGGAUUUAUGAACACCUGUAAACAGCCUUAGAUUAAAUUUUUAGGAUUCCUAAUAGCAAGAGUUUUCCUUUUAAAUUUUGUUACAGGCUAGGCAUGGUGGCUCAUGCCUAUAAGUAAUCCCUGCUACCAAGGAGGCAGAGGCAGUCCCUUGAGCAAGAGACUCCUGAACUGCAGUAGGCUAAGCUGAUAUUGGGUGUCUGCAGUAAGUUCAACAUUAAUGUAUUGAGUCCCUUGGGGCAGAGGGAGCACCAGAUUGCCUAGAAAGGGUCAAACCAGCAGAUCAAGGCUCCUGUACUGAUCAAAAUAAAACUGGGCCUAGGAGUAACCCCUGCACUACAGGCUGGGAGAGAUGUGGAGACUAAGACUUUUAAAAAAAAAUUGUCACAUAAUUUACUUGUGGGUCAGUACUGUUUUUCUUGUGUUUUGUUUUUGUUUUUUAGCUGUAGAACAAUUAUUUCUUCCAGCACAGAAAUUACUUAAGAUUAAAAAGAUUGAUAUUAAAACA